AUGGACGUAGCUCGCGUUCUAAUUGACACCGGAAGCACCGUGAACGUAAUCUACAAAGAUACGUUGAGAAGAAUGGCGAUAGAUUUGAACGACGUGGUCCCGAUCCCAAAACCCUUAACAGGGUUCGCAGGAGAUAUGACGAUGACCAUCAGAACCAUAAAGCUUCCCGUCGCUGCUGCCGGCGUUAUGAAGGUCGUGGAUUUCUCAGUGGCAGACGCCCCGGAAAUCUACAACAUCAUCAUGGGGACACUGUGGAUAAACUCUAUGCGAGCCGUCCCAUCAACCUACCACCUCUGCAUCACGGAAGAUCGCAGAACCGACGAACCAUCAUGCGACACCGUGAUCCAAGUCUGCAUCGAUGAAGCACACCCUGAGCGUUGCGUGGAGAUCGGGGCUCAGCUCGAAGAACCACUGAAGGAAGAGUUGAUCGUGCUCCUAAAGGAAAACGUCAACACCUUCGCAUGGGCCGCGGAAGAUAUGCCAGGGAUUGACAUCAACAUAACAUGUCACGAGCUAAACGUGAAUCCAACGUUCAAGCCAGUCAAGCAGAAGAGACGGAAGCUAGGAGCAGAGCGAGCUAAAGCUGUGAAUGACUAA